AGCUUCUUUGGGUAAAAUAUUUUAAAUAAUAUUUACUUACCGGCGUAAUUACUACUUAAUUUGUAAAUAAAAUAAAAACAUUUCCCGAAACUCCGAUGGAAAAGGAGUGUGAUUGCUGUUCUUUAUAAUGAUAUAAACGGACACCCCCGUGAGGUAAAUCUAUUUAUAGUAUCAGGUUUUGCAAUAUAAAGAAUUGCUACAGUGUAAAUUUCACUGCGGAUGGGACCAGACGUUUCUCGCAAAUGAAAUGGAGUGAAUUAUUAGUUGAAUUUAAAUUAAAAUCGUUAUCGAUGACCGACUGAGCUAAGGCUGGGUAUGAGAAAAAGGCGUGUGGAAAACCCUCGGUUUACUCGAUCGACGUCGAACUGAUACUCGGAUGAACGCCCGGCUUCCUGUCUGCAGUCUCUCCUUAUUGUAAUCCCUCUCUGUCUGCUGUGUGAGUGUGGAUGCUGUUCAUCCAGAGACUAAAAGGCCCCAUUCUGUGAAACGCUGAAGGUGUAGACAUCGCCAUGGCAACCAGCGCUGUUCCCAGCGACAACCUCCCUACGUACAAGCUGGUGGUGGUGGGGGAUGGGGGGGUCGGCAAGAGCGCCCUCACCAUUCAGUUCUUCCAGAAGAUCUUUGUGCCGGACUACGAUCCCACCAUCGAGGACUCGUACCUGAAACACACGGAGAUUGAUGGCCAGUGGGCCAUUCUCGAUGUGCUGGACACGGCUGGCCAGGAGGAAUUCAGUGCCAUGCGGGAGCAGUACAUGCGCACGGGUGACGGUUUCCUCAUAGUCUUCUCCGUGACAGAUAAGGCCAGCUUCGAGCAUGUGGACCGAUUCCACCAGCUGAUCCUGCGUGUGAAGGACAGGGAGUCCUUCCCCAUGGUCCUGGUGGCCAACAAGGUGGACCUGGUGCACCUGAGGAAGGUGACGACUGAGCAGGGCAGGGAGAUGGCGGCCAAGCACAGUAUUACGUACAUCGAAACCAGUGCCAAGGACCCUCCCAUGAAUGUGGACAAAGCAUUUCACGAGCUGGUCAGAGUAAUCAGGCAGGAAAUCCCCGAGAAGAGCCAGAAGAAGAAGAAAAAGAAGGCCAAGUGGCGUGGGGACAGGUCCACCGGCUCUCACCGGCUCCGCUGCGUCAUUUUGUGAGCAGCCAUGUCGGGGAUAAUGGGCUUGGCGCUGCCAUGCCUCUUACCAUCACAGCCAGGAGGACUGAGCAUGUUCAGGCUCCACGUCGCAUCCCCUGAUCGUUUGUGACAGGGGUGGGGAUCAGGGUGGUCUGACCCCGCCCCACCAACCGGCCAGGAUGAAGACUGGUUCAUGUUUGGGCACUGGCCAAAUUCUCAGGGGGGAGGGGGAGCACACUGGGUUUCCCAAGGAGUGAAGCAUAACCAAUCACGGUCCGCUUUUUCCGCCGAGCUUUCCGGGACAGGAACGUCACAAUGAGGAAGAGCGGGGGCUGUCCCCCGGCAAAGCCGAAGCGGAGUGACCCACAGUUUGGACGCCCAGAUGAGCUCCAGCUGGCCGGGGGAGGAGCCCCAGCAAUUGGCGCCAUUACAGGGUCUGAAACAGUGUGACCCAAGUGUUACACAGUGGCUUGGUGGGGGUGGGGUGGGAACCUACAGUGCUUUUUUUUUUUUUUUUUUUUUUUUUUUUUUUUUUUUUUUUUUUUUUUUUUGCAUGUUGAAAACACCCUGUGCCUUUUUUUCAAAAUGUUUGGCAUGGUGGGGGGUUCAAUGAUGAAGCCAACAUACAAGUCCUUUUUUGAAGGAUGUCUUUCCUAACGUUGAUCUGCAUACCCUUCUGGCAUGCAUUGGGAGGGUCUGAGUACCAGAAAGGAAUGUCAGGCUUGGAAAGCCAAUAAAAUCACACUCAUGUUAGGUGUGCCUGCUGCUUCCUUUUGGUGUAGCGAACAGUGACAAGAUAGUUAGCUGGGAUGGGUGGUGACCUUCCUUUCACUGACGGCCGGCUUACCGUUCCGACGGUGUUCGUGGUGAGGUGCCUCUCCUCUCUGCUGGGAGACAAAAAUGAAGCCUGACUGUUUUUUGUGCAGUGUUUAGAUGUUGCAUUUUGACUGAUUUUUAUGCCUGAUUUUCAUAUUUAUUUCCAUCGUGUGAGUUUUUUUUUCACGCAUCCCACUGGCUAAGAUCCGUGGGGGGAGUGGAGGCUGUGAGUGGUGGCCUGCCAGCCGAACCUGCUGGUGUGAAGGACUGGGGGGGGGGGGAAUAAAAGAAAGAUCAUGAUUAAACACAGCAAAUGUAAUGUUUGUGUCAGUAAGUGUUAGAAACCAUGUAACAGAAAAUGCUGGAGACCAAAGGAGGUACAUUUUGUGACCAUUGUUGAAAACAGUGCAACUAAAUUUUACUCUGGUGUGCCUGGCCAUUUGUAUUUUUAUUAUUAUUACUAACCAUCAUUCUAUAUAACAUGAAACACAAGAAAGGGGCAAGGAUUGGUGUGUAGGGUUCAAUUUUGAGAACUAGUUCCAGAUUAGACACUUAUAAAUUUUUAAGAACUGGAAGUUUGCUAAGACAUUUGAAUUACGGUUCCCCAUCAAUUCCUGCACCUGCAUUUUUAAUCAACUAUGUAAGGGUUACUGUACGACAACUGCACUUACACAAAUGUACUUGAAAUUAUUUUCAUGUUUACAAACCGAAAACGUAUUUAUUAGUAGAACUAUUUAGGUUCUAGAUUUGGGCGGUAUAAUGGCAGCAUAACAUGUUUAAUUUUGGCUGGACUGUAUCAUGGGCGAUUUUAAAAUGCCGAAAUAGUGUUGCUUUUUAAAAUAUAGUAGAAAAGCCGUAUACCGACAUGUAAUAUAUGGAUGGUAUCAAGAAUUAGAUAUCGUUUGCUACUGUUAAAUGUUUUGGUUAUAUAUGGGCCCAAGCCACUGUCUAUAGUUAUCCGUUGCUAAAACGGGAUGCCAGUCGUUAGAUUGGAACUUAUCCGCUGUUAAACCCAAAGGCCAGUCUUUAUGUAUGAAGUCAGAUGUGUAAUAACCAUGGAAUAAGUGGGUAUUGUAUGUUUUCAGAUGCAUGGCUGCAGAGAGAAAGUAUAUACAUUCAGCUAUUGUUUCAAUUUCAAGCAUUAUGUACCUCCUGGUAUUAUGCUCCGUUAUGGAUAAAACCUGACUUACUUGCCAAUAACUGAUUUUUAAAACUGGACCUGCCUACUAUCCAGUUUAGGAAGGUUAAACAGAUCUGUAAAGUACUACUGACAUCAGUGGCAAACUGCCAUCCAAAGCUCAGUGUGGUUGUUAACCAUAUUUAUUUAUAUCUUGAAACCCCCUGUUUUUGUUUUAAUAAAAUAUGGAAAUGACGUAACCUGCGACAAGUAACUCUUGCUGUAAUAGUUGAACAAUAAAUGCAGUGUGUUGUUACUGAAA